GUUCACGCACUUCACAUUAUUUGUUUGAUUUGUUGAGGAUUUUUUUUGUCGAUAUCUCUGUUUACAUGUUAAUUAUAAUCAAAAAUAAUUUUAAUCAGUAGUUGAAUCUAAAUUUCCUUCAAAAAUGCAGUCACUUCGUCAUCUCCGUUCGUAUGGUCAAAGUCUAAUUGCCGCUCCUAAUCAACGACGAUGCAUUGCAAGUCUGUCAGCCCUUUCCGAGACCCAUCAAAUGCUCCAGAAAACUUGCCGUGACUUUGCCAACAAUGAGUUAGUUCCGAAUGCCAGUCGAUUCGAUCGUGAGCACUUGUAUCCGGCCGAACAGAUUAAGAAAAUGGGCGAACUGGGACUGAUGGCUGUGGCGGUGCCCGAAUCAGUGAAUGGAACGGGUUUGGACAAUUUAGCGUAUGCUAUUGCAAUGGAGGAAAUAUCCAGAGGAUGCGCGUCGUGUGGUGUUAUUAUGUCGGUGAACAAUUCGCUGUACCUCGCUCCAUUGAUGGAAUUUGGUUCGGAGAAACAGAAAGAAACAUUCGUUACUCCAUACACUGAUGGCAGUCGGGUUGGUUGUUUUGCAUUGUCUGAACCAGGCAAUGGAUCUGAUGCUGGCGCUGCGAGCACAACUGCGAGUCUGAAGGGAGACAGAUGGAUAUUGAAUGGAACGAAAGCUUGGAUUACGAAUGGAUAUGAAGCUGAAGCAGCCGUGGUUUUGGCCACGACGGAUAAGAACCAGAAGCACAAGGGAAUUUCCGCAUUCAUUGUGCCGAAGAACAUAAAAGGUUUCAGUUUGGGCAAAAAAGAAGACAAGCUUGGCAUCCGUGGAUCAUCAACCUGCCAACUGAUUUUUGAGGACUGUGAAAUUCCCAAAGAAAAUCUCCUUGGUGAGCCCGGUUUUGGAUUUAAGAUUGCUAUGAAGACAUUGGACGGUGGUCGUAUAGGUAUUGCAUCGCAAGCCCUAGGCAUCGCACAGGCAUCUCUGGAACUAGCCGUUGACUAUGCAAAUAAAAGGCUGGCUUUCGGCAAACCAAUUUCAAAGUUGCAGUCAAUCCAAUCGAAAAUUGCCGACAUGUCAUUGCAAGUGGAAUCGGCUAGACUGUUAACAUGGCGAGCCGCAUGGUUAAAAGAUCAUAAGCAGGGCUUUACAAAGGAAGCUGCAAUGGCAAAAUUGGCAGCAUCAGAAGCGGCUACAUAUUGUUCGCAUCAGUCAUUACAAAUACUGGGCGGUAUGGGCUAUGUAACAGAUAUGCCAGCUGAACGAUACUACAGGGAUGCGCGAAUUACUGAAAUAUAUGAGGGAACGUCUGAGAUUCAGAGACUUGUUAUUGCUGGUGCGGUAAUUAAAGAGUUGUCUUUCAAUUGAACUGACUUGCUGUACUUUUUUGUGCAUGCAUUUGGACUUGAUUUUAUUUACAAAAAUAAAUUUUAAAUCGAAA